AUGGUGUUAUCUACUAAAGCCUUCUGGAAAGCUAUUUUGCUAAUAUUCUCUGCAACUUUUGCUAUUGCAGCUCCCACAUCUUAUGAUGUAGUUCCUAUUGAGGAAAGACAGUCUUAUGAUAGACUUGUCUUUUGUCACUUCAUGGCAAGUAGAGCUUGAAAUUUCAAGGCAACCUUUUUCUGCCCGUCCGAUGUCGUCUUUCAUCUCACUCAUCUACUAACCUUUUCUCAAGAUUGGUAUUGUAGGUGAACGGGUCGGUCCCCAAGAUUACGAUGGCGAUAUGCAGCGUGCCAAAUCUCUCGGUAUCGAUGCCUUUGCUUUGAACAUCGGAGUUGACCCAUACACGGACACACAACUUGGCUUCGCAUAUCAGUCUGCCGCCAAUAAUGAAAUGAAAGUUUUUAUAUCUUUUGACUUCAAUUGGUGGAACCCGUCCAGUCAAGCAACGCAGAUUGGACAAAUGAUUGCAAAAUAUGCAGCUUUACCAGCUCAACUAUUUGUUGAUGGCAAAGCAUUUGCAUCAUCAUUCGCCGGUGACCAACUUGAUAUCACGGCUCUAAGAGCUGGCGCGGGUAUUCCAAUUUUCUUUGCGCCUAACUUUCACCCGGAGAUGGGAACAAACUUCAGUUCAAUUGAUGGCGCUUUGAACUGGUUGGUUAGUAGUUCUCCUUCUCCACCCGGAUCAAAACUAAAAGCGUUUUUAGGGAUGGCCCAACGAUGGAAACAACAAAGCACCCACUCCAGGCCACAACGUCACUGUUGAAGAAGGUGAUGCCGCCUACAUCAAGGCACUGGCUGGCAAGCCAUAUAUUGCACGUAUGUAUUCGGCGUCUAAGUGGAAUAUGAAAACUAAGGUAGUCUUUUAGCGGUUUCUCCUUGGUUCAGCACUCAUUUCGGACCCGUGAGUUGUAUCCGUCUAUCAUCAUGAAGAAUUGAGUUGACAACUUCAAAGGAAGUUCCAUACAGCAAAAACUGGAUCUUUCCAUCUGAUCUUUUAUGGUUUGAUCGUUGGAACGAAAUAUUGACCCUUGGACCCCAGUAUAUUGAGAUUGUUACCUGGAAUGACUAUGGCGAAUCUCACUAUAUUGGUCCCCUGGAUUCUUUACAUUUCGAUGAUGGAAAUUCAAAAUGGGUCAACGAUAUGUGAGUGCUGUAUAGUAAAUAUAAGAGACUAGGAGCUGACACGAAUAGGCCUCACGAUGGUUGGUUAGACAUGGCAAAACCAUUCAUCGCUGCUUAUCAUGCUGGUGCUUCAUCUCCGAACAGCUACAUUGAUUCCGAUCAGCUCAUAUAUUGGUAUCGACCAAAUCUCCGCACUCUUAACUGUGAUGCUACAGAUACUACAAUGGUACCAGCUAGCAAUAGUAGUGGAAAUUACUUUCAAGGUAGACCAAAUGGAUGGGAAGACAUGCAAGACUCGGUAUUUGUUGUCGCUAUGCUCACAGCUCCCGGAAUCGUCACAGUAAUGUCCGGCGACAAUGUUCAACAAUUCAACGCACCAGCCGGAGCUUCAGCAUACCAAGUUGAUAUGCGAGUCGGCAAACAGCAAUUCUUCCUUCAACGUGGCACUCAAAUUUUACUUGAAGCUGUUAGUCUUCAUGAUGUCACAGAUGUUUGCAUCUGUGGCAUUUACAACUUUAACGCAUAUGUUGGGACAGUACCAGAUGGACGUUCUGAUCCACUUCUUCACGAUGGUUUAGCUUCUCUUACUGCUGGACUUCAUGUUAGCACGUGUAGCGCCACGCCAUCAUUGCCAACUGCUCCCAUUAAACCCACAACCACCCCACCAGGAGGAGGAACUGUGGUUCCGCCAACUACUACCAAACCUCCAACUACUACCCCGCCAGUCACCACUCCCUCUACGACUACGAAGCCGACCACAACUACUACAACUAAGUAGGUCUUUCUAUUCUAUCGCCUCGCAAAAUCUAACAUAGUAAUAUAGGACAACUUCUACGACAUCAUCCGUGCCAUCCGGUACAUGUGUAGCAGGAACUGGACCUGGAAACUACGUCGGCUUAUGUUCAUUCUCAUGUAAUUUAGGAUACUGUCCCACCCCAUGCACAUGCUCUAGUUACGCUGCUAUUGGAAACGUCGCUCCACCAGUAACCAACACGCCCGGCUAUCCCCUCGCUGGCGAGGAUCCCGCAACUUACUCAGGUCUAUGCAAUUUCACAUGUAACCACGGUUACUGUCCCCCAACCGCUUGCACAUACAAUCCUAACGGCUCUCCUAUCUCAUCUUCAUCUUCAUCUUCAUCCCCAACUUCCACACCUCCUUCCACAACAACAAGUAUACCCACCACCACUUCCACACCUCCUUCCACAACAACAAGUAAACCCACCACCACUUCCACAACCAGCACAUCCACAACCUCAUCUUCUCCAUCCGGAACCUCCUAUUGCGUAGCAGGCACCGGACCAGGAAAUUACAUCGGCCUCUGCAAUUUCUGCUGCAAAUAUAGUUACUGUCCUCCAGGUCCCUGUACAUGUACAACUUAUGCGAAUACAUCUAUUCCGGCACCACCGGCUAGUAGUCCUUCUGGAAAACCGUUGCAAGGUGAGGAUGAUAGUUAUUUGGGACUUUGUGCCUUUGCUUGUAGUCAUGGGUAUUGUCCUGGUACUGCUUGUGCUAUGGGCUAGAUAGAGGAAUGAGGGAUGGUUUAUGUGAUUUGGGUGUUAUUUGUGGGAUGUUUUUGGUAUCGUUUUCAAGCGAUGGGAUGUAAUUCAUUAGGGAAUAGAUGGAAAUGAGGGGGAUUUCUUUGAUUUGUAUGGUGAUAGUUUCGUAG